CAUCCCUUUUUCACGGCGAGUAAGGUGUUGUAGCCCAUGGGCAAGGCCGUGUUUGUUGAAGAAAGGAUCAACCGCAGGUGGGGUGGGGUGCAUCAUGCAGCGGACUUCUUUUACGGGCUAAUUUCGCCUAACACACUCCCCGACCGAAAUUGAAGGACGUCCCGUCUUCCUUUGCUAAAAAUACAGAAUGUCUCGAAAUGUGGCCGUGGACGAUAAGAAUACAUCGGAUACAGCUCCUGAGCCCCUAUCCAAACCAAACCCUCGAUUCCGCUUGAGAGCAUCAUCAUUUACUCUCAGGCCAGCUGAUGUCAUUCGCCGCCAGAAAUCAGACUCUAGCUUUCACACACAAUAUAUGGGUACUCGGAUAGGUCAAGAAACUGCUCGAAGACCGAGUUACGAGUCAAAGACCAUGGCUCCUUCUCAUAAAUCAAGACUGGCGGCGUAUAGCUAUCAAGACGACCACUCCACUACCUUGUCUCCGCAAUACCUAGGCGAUAGCCAUGGAAACUCAUCUCAUGAAUCCGCUUCGGAUGACGAUGAACCACCUGUGCCUAUUGCCAAAGAUUAUGACUACUCCACCACUCACACUCAGGAUACCCUUCAACCGCAACCGCCAAGUCAUUCCCUAGGGAUGAACGGAAUUUUCAUGAGAAAAGCAACACGGACGCAAUCGCAAUCAGCAUACCUGACUCCAACCAUGCCCAUCCCUCUACAACGAUCCCACUCCACCAAUCUGAUGAAGGCGAAAUCUUCUGCCAGCUCCCAGCAUUCUGACACCCCAUUACCACCGUUACCUAUACCCACGACGUCUACACCCACUAUCACACCAUCCAAGUCUCUUAGUACUUCGUUGAGAAUAAAGUUGAGCCCGCGGAAACCUUCAACAUCCUCACAGCCAACUCUUUUACCCCCUACCCCCACUAUACCACGACGGAAUUCUAGUAUGCAUUUCCUACACAGAAAGCAAACCGCCGCUGAUCGGAACUCGAAAGAUAAAGAGCAUACUGAGUUAUACGAUGACGGCUCCCUAUCGACCUAUCCUCCUCCACCUCCGAAAGAAGACCCCGAUGAUGAAAGAGAUCAAUAUGGAUUCAAGAUGUCAAGCCAAUGGCUAUCAGUCGAAGAUCAUCAUGAACACGACAAAUUAUACCAACCCAUUGUCGAUCGACGUGCUCAGAAGUGGCAGCAAAUUUUAACGGAGAAUGAUGGAAAAUGGCCAGAACCGAGCUCUAAAUUCAAACGAUACGUUCGCAAGGGAAUUCCAGCGGAUCUUCGUGGUGAUGCUUGGUUCCAUUACAGCGGAGCUGAAGCGAAAUAUACAGCGAAUCCUGGAUUGUACCAAACACAGGUGCAAUUGGCUGAACAAGGAAAAGACGAUAAUGAGUUUUGUGAAAUCAUCGAACGAGAUCUUCACCGAACGUUUCCAGAAAAUGCCAAGUUUAAAUCCACCACCGAUAAUGCCGAUGGCAGUGUGACGAUGUCCACUGAGGAUAUUCCAGCCAUUCUGUCUUUACGACGAGUGCUGUAUGCGUUUUCUGUCUAUUGUCCGCAUAUUGGCUAUUGCCAGUCACUCAACUACAUUGCUGGCAUGCUAUUGCUCUUCAUGGACGAAGAGCGUGCCUUCUGGACAUUGGUCACCAUCAUCCAAGAUAUUCUUCCUGAUGGUAUUUACGAUAUCACCAUGGAAGGUGCCAAUAUUGAUCAAACUGUCUUGAUGAUGUUCAUAUGGGAGCGAUUACCCCAUAUCUGGAACAAGAUCUCUAGUGGCAAGGGCUUUUGGGAAUGUGAAAAGGAUGUCGACGGCGCCACGAUGCCUACCAUUACGCUUGUCACCAGUCAUUGGUUCCUAACCCUGUUUAUCAACAUUCUGCCAACCGAGUCGGUACUACGUGUUUGGGAUUGUUUGUUCUAUGAGGGUCAAAAGGUCUUGUUUAGAGUCGCCUUAGCCAUUUUCAAGCUGAACGAGCAAAAGAUUUUAGAGGUGGACGAUCCGUUGGAAGUUUUCCAAGUUGUACAGAAUAUGCCAAAGAGAAUGCUGGACUGCCAUCGUCUCAUGGAGACCACUUUUAGAAAACUGGGCUCACCCACUGACAUCUCGGACGCUGAUAUCGAAAGGAGACGAGACAUGUUCCGAGGAAGACGAAAAGAAAGACGAAAAAAUAGUAUUAAUACCAGUAAUCUUGGCACCAAACGAUCCAAAGUACGCGGUACCAUUAUUCACAAAGCCAUGGAGGCAAAGCGUCUGGUUGAGAGGACAAAAUCUCUCAAAAAUGGCCCUCGAAGUAGUGCCCACGAUUCAAAGAUAGCUGCAUGACAAGAACAGCUGGCUGAUUAGACCUUUGAUCGAGUAGAAUGAUACCCUGUUGUUUCCUAAUAAACCGGAAGCUAUGCUUCUGAAUCAGCAUAUAAA